GUUUCGUUGAUAUACAGAUACAUGCUUUUAAUAAAUGUAUGUUUAAUAUUUACAUACUUAAGUACUUAGGCUUAUGAGAGUAUUGGAAUAUAUAUACAUAUGUACAUAUUUAAAGGUACUUGCUUAUAAUUAUAUUUUUUUACAUGUGUAUGUGCAUAUGUUAAUAUUUGGCUGUAUGUAUUCAUCAAAUGUGCUUAUAUAUGUAUAUCAAUAUAUAUCUGGAUAAGUAAGACUUUUAUAAUCAUGCCCGUGUGCAUGUGCUAUAUACAUACAUAUAUGUAUAUACGUUAAUUUGUUUACCAUGUUUUAUAUUAAAGUGCUUAUACAAUUUUGGCUAAACUAUUAGUCCAGCGUAACUUAAGACAUCUCGAAUAUAUAACAAGAGUGUGAAUAUCGUUAAUUUUUUUGUAUCUUUUAUUUAUGUUUGUACAGAUUUAUGAAUAUUUUUUAAAUGUUUACUUAGUAAUUUAUUAACCUAGAUAUUAUCGAACAUUGGUUUUAUGAAUUAACUCUAAUAUUGACUAAAAGUAUCCAGGCAUGGACAAACCAAUAAACAAAUAUGUAAAAGAAACCAAUGUCACGAAUACCAUUAUUUUAAAUUAUAUACAGUAGAAAAUUCUUUAGUGUUACUCAUGCGCUUCUCAGCAUUAUCAGUUUUCUGUUAAACGUAGAAUUGAAAAGUUGUUUCUUUAUUAUAAAACAUCCAUAGUUUAAAUAACUUAUGUUGUAGACUUACCAUUGAGUGAAGUGAAUUAAGAAAGAACAAGAUAAUGCCAGAGAGAUUUAAAGUAUCUAAAGCUGAGGAAGAGUCAGAACCUUAUCCUGCUGAUGAAAAUGCAACUGGGAAGCUUUUAAAUGAUGUACAUGGUAAGUAACGUAAUAGAGUAGUAUUCGUACAAUCCACUUUAACGAAUUUAUUAAGGUAGUCUAAGACUAUGUAUGAUUAGUCUAAGACUAUGUAAAAAAUGUAAAUACGUGAUUUUUUGUGUAAGCACUGCUAAUAAUGGUUAAUAUGUACAUACAUAUGUAUGUCCUUAUUGUGGUGUUUUUAUUCUGGACGAAAAUAGUAAGUCAAUUUCUAUUCUAUCUUUAGUUCUGAUCCCUACAGUGUAAAAACCUUCCAACAAACUCACUACAACUACGCAAUGUGUCUAGGUGGACUAUGUUUCGUAAUUGAUUAUGUAAUCGAAAAUUUCGUAUUUUCGAUUUUUUACUUUUGAAGUACUCACUAAAUUUUUGCAUAUAGUAAUGGAUUUUAUUUUAAUUUUUAUAGGAAUACAUACAUAUCUACAUACGUAUCAUGCAUAUUUUCAUUGCUUACUUUGGUUAUUAACUUCCUGCUAAUAACUAACAUAUAAUGUUAUAUAAUUAUCAAUCGAUUCUGUAUUUCUCAAUGGUCUUUGACUAUUACAUAAUAAGGUGAAUAUAUGUACAUAUAUAUAUGUUUGUGCGUGUAUACAUAUGAUUAUUAUUAAAUAUUUAAAAUCACUCAGCAUAUAAUUUGAAUAUAGCCAAGAUUAAGUUACUUUUUCAAAGCUGUAAAAUAUGUAUGUACAUAUCUACAACCGAGUUCAGUAUAGUAGUACAAAUGUAUCCUUUCUGUGGGCGUUACGAAAUAACUAUGUACACGUGCUGACUUCAAUACCAACUUACCUUGAAAUGGUCAGAUGAUUUUAUACAUUUUUAUGUGUACAAUCAUAUAUAUGUAUGUAUGUAUAUAUAUAUACGUUACAGUAUUUUAUGUAGGUGAAAUAUGUAUGUUUCCUCGCAAAUGUUUGGAAGAGGUAAAAAUUAAAAGCUUUUGGUCGUAAAAUAGCUCCUUUGUGGAACUGUUAUAAAAAGCUUUCUAUAUGACAAAUGUCGCCCAGGGAUGCUGUGGUGGAUUCACUUGACAUCUUUUGCUUAUGUAUCACCAAUUGUUCUUCUCCAAUACGCAGGUCCUGGCACCUUUAAGCUCCGCAGCAUACACAUUCCAAGGAUUCGCAUUUGUAAAGGAAUUCUCUGUGUACAGAUUUUCCCUUUGACGGGGAAACUUCUUAUUAUAUUAGUUUCUCCGUUAUUGAAAUAAAUCAAAAUUUCAUUAUGAAUUUUUCAGAACUUAAAUUCAUUUAAAUAUAAUAAACUUAGAUCCAUUUUCCACGGUGUUGUGAUAUUUUCAUUAUAUUUGAUGUAAAUAUUGGACUAAUUACAUAAGAGUGUAAAAAAUAAGAAAUUGGACUUUAGUAGACCUCAAACAAAAAAAUUAACGGUGGUUUAGGUUAUGAAUAAACUAAGUGUAAAUAAAGUGCAGUACUUUGGUUAAUUAUUGGUGUAUGUGAAUUUGUUAAAGAGUAUGUGUGCAAUUGAAGACACACGUAUUUCAUAUUUGCUUAGUUCAAAGUUAUUUAAAAUUAUAAAAUUAGUAAUGAUUAAGAAAGCGUUAACGGUACAAUCACCUUUGUAUAUUCGAAUAAUAAGUAUUUGUUACUAAAUAAUAUAUUUGAAAGGUUAUCCCAGUACUGAUUUAAUAUGUUUAUAAACUAAUCUUAGUGCGAUCAGAAACCAAAAACAGGAAAGCAAAUCAGUUAGUUCAUAAACCCAAAAAAAUUGUGUUUGACAUCGUAGAAUGACAGUUAAUAAAGUGUAACAAAUUAUUUUGUUAAGUCCCAACUAAAAUGUCUAUUAAAAGUGUACAAAAUAAAUCUGUGGAAAUGGAAAUCGGCACUCAUAGUGAAAAGGAAAAUAAAGAUCCUUGCGAUAAUACUCAAGUAGAACAAAAUAACGAGAAAUCGAACAUCGAUGCUAACUUAUAUCUUUAUGACGAUGAAUUGGAUACCAGACCACACGUAUCAACAUUUAUAUCUUCACUCGCCAAUUAUGAAAACACCAUACCAUCAGCGACUGACCCGGAUUCGAAAACUGCUGCACCUCCAGCUCGUAUGGGUACAUUAAUUGGAGUUUUCUUGCCAUGUAUUCAAAACAUUUUUGGUGUUAUCCUGUUUAUUCGGCUUACGUGGGUAGUGGGAACCGCUGGUGCAGUAUGUGGGUUUUUAAUAGUAUUAACCUGUUGUUGUGUGACCAUGUUAACAGCAAUCUCCAUGUCAGCAAUCGCUACAAAUGGAGUGGUGCCUGCCGGUGGAAGCUAUUUCAUGAUUUCGAGAUCGUUAGGACCAGAAUUCGGUGGCGCGGUGGGAAUGUUAUUUUAUACAGGAACUACUCUGGCAGCUGCUAUGUACAUUGUGGGUGCUGUAGAAAUUGUGCUGACUUAUAUGGCGCCGUGGGCAUCAAUAUUUGGCGAUUUCACCAAAGAUCCGGAUGCUAUGUAUAAUAACUUCAGAGUUUACGGAACACUGCUUUUGCUUAUUAUGGGUUUGAUUGUGUUUUUGGGUGUUAAGUUUGUAAAUAAAUUUGCAGCGGUCGCUUUGGCAUGUGUAAUAUUCUCUAUAAUAGCGGUUUAUAUUGGAAUAUUUGACAAUAUUCAUGGAAACGAAAAACUUUAUAUGUGCGUCCUUGGAAAACGUUUGCUUAAAGAUAUUCCAAUAGAUAAUUGUACUAAAAGUGAUACACUCUUGUCGGAUCUGUUUUGCAAUGAUAAUGGGUGCGAUGAAUAUUACACAAAUAAUAAUGUUACCAAAGUCAAAGGUAUCAAGGGUCUUGCUAGUGGGGUGUUCUAUGAAAACAUGUUACCAUCGUUUUUGGAAAAAGGUCAACUUAUAGCAUAUGGAAAAAAUACAGUUGAUAUUGAAAAUAUGGCACCAUCUACUUACAAUCAGAUAACGGCUGAUAUAACGACUUCGUUUACGUUGCUUAUUGGAAUAUUUUUCCCAUCAGUAACAGGUAUAAUGGCGGGAUCUAAUAGAUCUGGAGAUUUAGCGGAUGCUCAAAAAAGUAUCCCAAUAGGAACUAUAUGCGCUAUUUUAACAACAAGUACUGUCUAUUUAUCAAGCGUCAUGUUAUUUGCGGGAACCGUGGAUAAUCUUCUCUUACGAGACAAAUUUGGACAAUCUAUAGGUGGUAAACUAGUAGUUGCAAAUAUAGCAUGGCCAAAUCAAUGGGUAAUAUUGGUUGGCUCAUUCUUAUCGACACUUGGUGCUGGUUUACAAAGUUUAACUGGGGCACCUCGUCUACUGCAGGCCAUAGCAAGAGACGAAAUCAUUCCAUUUUUAUCCCCGUUUGCGGUUUCUUCUAAACGUGGUGAACCUACAAGAGCCCUGCUUUUAACAAUUGUUAUAUGUCAGUGCGGAAUAUUAUUGGGUAACGUUGAUCUACUGGCACCUUUAUUAUCUAUGUUUUUCCUUAUGUGUUACGGAUUUGUGAAUCUUGCUUGCGCUGUGCAAACUUUGUUACGAACACCAAACUGGAGGCCACGAUUUAAAUUUUAUCACUGGGGAUUGUCAUUAGUUGGUUUGACUUUGUGUAUAUCAAUAAUGUUUAUGACAUCUUGGUACUUUGCAUUGAUUGCGAUGGGAAUGGCAAUAGUUAUUUAUAAAUAUAUUGAAUAUCGUGGAGCCGAAAAAGAAUGGGGAGAUGGAAUCAGAGGAAUGGCAUUAACAGCUGCCAGAUAUUCGCUAUUACGCUUAGAGGAAGGUCCACCACACACCAAAAACUGGCGCCCACAAAUUUUAGUGUUAUCAAAAUUCAAUGACAACUUCAUGCCGAAAUACAGAAAAAUAUUUGCCUUUGCAACUCAACUUAAAGCUGGGAAGGGGUUAACAAUAUGUGUAUCGGUUAUCCAGGGUGACCAUCAUAAAAUUACGAACAGAGCUGUGGAUGCCAAGGCGGCUUUGAGAAAAUUAAUGGACGAUGAAAAAGUGAAAGGUUUCUGUGAUGUAUUGGUUUCCCGCGAUAUAGGGGAAGGUUUAAGUUCUGUAAUUCAGACAAUAGGCCUUGGAGGUAUGAAGCCAAAUACAGUUAUUAUUGGGUGGCCCUAUAGUUGGAGACAAGAGGGUAAACAAAGUUGGAAAACAUUUAUACAAACCGUUCGAACAGUAGCUGCCUGUCAUAUGGCCCUACUGGUUCCAAAGGGAAUAAAUUUUUUUCCAGAAUCUAAUCAUAAGAUUGGAGGCAAUAUCGACAUUUGGUGGAUUGUACAUGAUGGAGGUCUUCUUAUGUUAUUACCUUUUCUGUUGAAACAGCAUCGUACUUGGAGAAACUGCAAAUUGAGAAUUUUUACAGUCGCACAAAUGGAGGAUAAUUCAAUUCAGAUGAAAAAAGACUUAAAAACGUUUCUAUAUCACUUACGAAUUGAGGCCGACGUGGAGGUUGUGGAAAUGAUGAACAGUGAUAUAUCUGCCUAUACAUACGAGAGAACAUUGAUGAUGGAACAGAGAAAUCAAAUGUUGAGGGAACUGCGUUUGAAUAAGAAAGAAAACUCUAAAAUAGUACAGACUCUAGUGGAUUUUAAGGAAACCACCGGGGAUGAUAAGUUACCUUUGGUUCAGACAAUUGUUGAUCAUCAUCAUGAUGCAACGAAGACCUCUUCAAAGGUUCGGUUUGCAGAUCCAACCGUUAAUGUAGAAGAAAAACAUGAAAACGAGGCCGAUGGGGAUGAAAAGGCGAAGACAAAAGAGGCUGAAACCGACUCACUAGACGCUAAAUUGGAUAAUGGAUCGACCCUACAUACUGUAGAAAAAGGACAAAGUGAAGACGAAAAGCCUGAAAAAAAUAUUUUAGGCGGAAAUUCGAACACAACCUUAAAACCUGAUGAAAUUAAUGUUCGCCGAAUGCACACGGCAGUUAAGCUAAACGAAGUUAUUGUAAAUAAAUCACAAGAUGCCCAACUUGUCAUAAUGAAUUUACCUGGACCUCCGCGAGAAUCUAAAAUCGAUCGUGAAAGCAAUUAUAUGGAAUUUUUAGAGGUUCUUACCGAGGGUCUAGAAAAGGUAUUAAUGGUGCGGGGAGGAGGUCGCGAAGUAAUAACAAUAUAUUCUUAAGUCAUAUAUAUUUUAAAUCUUGUAACAUUUUGGUAAAUCAGGCAACUACCAAUAU